UGCUGGUGUUCGGGAUGAGCGCUGAAGAAGAGCACUGCAGCGGCUCCCUCUCUUCCAGCAUCAUCACUGUUCACCUCCAUCAUCCCUGUCGCUCGAGAAGCUGUCGUCCUCUCGUCCUCUUCCGUCUGACACCCGGCACCCGGCACCAGUAUGUCCGACAAGAGUGAGCUGAAGGCUGAACUGGAGAGGAAGAAACAACGGAUCGCCCAGAUUCGAGAGGAGAAAAAGAGAAAAGAAGAGGAGAAGAAAAAGAAGGAUGGAGAUGCAAAGCGCGGAGCGGAGGCGGUAGGUGGUUCCUCGGGCAGCCAUGAAGACUCUGACCUGGAGAGGAAGAGGAGGGAGGCGGAGGCGCUCCUGCAGAGUGUUGGCAUCACUCCUGACAUACCCCAUGUCCCUGCCCCCAUGUCUCCCUCCAACAAAUCAGUGGGCAGUGACGCAGGAAGCCAAGAUUCUGGGGACGGAAACGCAGGACCAAGACGGGGAGCUGUGAGGCUGGGCAUGUCCAAAUUGACCCAGGUGGACUUUGUCCCGAAGGAAAUGGUGUCUUACUGCAAAGAGACGCAGACACCCACUGAGGCUUUGUCACACGCUGAUCAAAAAGCAGAUGAGGAAGAGGAUGAGGAGACAACUGCUGCUCCUCCCGUGGACGACAACAACGAAGAGAAAGAUGAACAGGGUGAACAGCAGGAUGAGGAAACUCCCAAGGAGCUGACUGAAGAAGAGAAGCUGCAGGUCAUGCAUUCCGAGGAGUUCUUGUCGUUUUUCGAGCGAGGCAGCAGAAUUGUUGAGAGAGCUCUGGCUGAGCACGUGGACGUCUGCUUCGACUACAGUGGCAGAGAUCUGGAGGAUAAGGAGGGUGACCUGCAGGCAGGUGCGAAGCUGGUUCUGAACAGGCAGUUUGCAGAUGAGCGCUGGACUAAAAACCGAGUGGUCACCUGUCUUGACUGGUCCCCUCAGUACCCAGAGCUGCUCCUGGCCUCAUACAACAACAAUGAGGAUGCUCCUCAUGAGCCUGACGGAGUGGCGCUGGUCUGGAACAUGAAGUACAAGAAGGAUACACCUGAGUACAUCUUCCACUGCCAGUCAGAGGUGAUGUCAGCUGGAUUUGCAAAGUUUCACCCAAACCUGGUGGUGGGUGGGACGUAUUCGGGACAGAUUGUCCUGUGGGAUAACAGGAGCAACAAGCGCACCCCUGUCCAGAGAACCCCCCUGUCUGCAGCUGCUCAUACACACCCAGUCUACUGUGUGAACGUGGUGGGAACCCAGAAUGCCAACAACCUGAUCAGCAUUUCCACUGAUGGAAAGAUGUGCUCUUGGAGCCUUGACAUGCUCUCACAGCCGCAGGACAGUCUGGAGCUGGUGUUCAAACAGAGCAAGGCAGUGGCUGUUACCUCCAUGGCCUUCCCUCUGGGAGACGUGAACAACUUUGUGGUGGGUAGCGAGGAUGGCUCCGUCUACACCGCCUGUCGACACGGGAGUAAGGCAGGUAUCACUGAGGUGUUUGAAGGCCACCAUGGUCCAGUGACUGGGCUGAGCUGCCACAGUGCUGGUGGACCAGUUGACUUCUCCCAUCUCUUCAUCUCCUCCUCUUUUGAUUGGACCGUCAAACUCUGGAGCACCAAGAGUACCCGUCCACUGUACUCAUUCGAGGACAGCUGUGACUACGUCUAUGAUGCGAUGUGGUCUCCGACACACCCUGCUCUGUUUGCCUGCGUGGACCUCGCCGGACGUCUGGACCUGUGGAACCUCAACAACGACACUGAAGUUCCCACCGCCAGUGUGUGUGUGGAGGGGUCUCCAGCUCUGAACCGUGUGAAAUGGGCUCACUCUGGAAAAGAGAUCGCCACUGGGGACUCGGAUGGACAGGUGCAGGUCUACGACGUAGGAGAGCAAAUCUGCGUUCCAAAGGCUGACGAGUGGACGCGCUUCGUCAGGACGCUGGCUGAGAUCAAUGAGAACCGAGAUGAAGCUGAGGAGCUGGCCAAUGUCUGAUAAUGUACACCCCACCUCACUAACAACUGCUCAUUAAUUCCUCUUCUGGGGCCUGUUGCACCAAUUGGUCUUUGUCAGUCUUUGUAAUGGAUUUAAGUUCAGUUGCACCAACUGAACAUAAGACUUAGUCUUAACUAGGCCUGGUCUUAGCGAUGCGCAGUCAUGUAAAUACCCACUUUUCUGCUGAUAGACAAUUAAUGCUGACAGACCAACUGGCUUGUUUCACAUUUAUAUAUCAAACAGUUGUUGCUUACUAAUAUAAAAUAAAUUCAAAGGUUCAGUGUGUAGAAUCUAGUGACAUCUAGUGGUGAAGUCUCACAUUCCCCUUCCAAACAUGAAAGAGAACCUGUGGUAACCUUCAAUUUUCAUAAAAAUGUUAAGGUGUUUAGUUUGUCCAGUUUGGACUACUGUAAAAAACAUGGCGGCCUCCGUAGAGAGGACCCGCGUCCGAUGUAAAUAUAAAGUAUUUAAAUAUAAAAGGCCCAUUCGAGGAUAAAGUAAUUUACAACUUGUACAAUUUAAUGAAACACAUUAGUGAAAAUAUCACUAAAAUUAUUUUAAAUAGAUCCCUUUCACCUAAAUCUUACACACUGAACCUUUUAAUGGAGCACAUGUAAUGAAAUGAAGCAAAGAUCUUGGAGCUCUUCACAGAACAUGUUGGUGUCUGAGACUUUUAGCUUUAAAAAAAUUGUAAACCCUGUUUCAGCCACUCAGGGAAACAAGAGGACAGUCAAUGAGAGAGAGAGAGAAGAAGAUUUAAGAUCUAGAUAGUGCAACUGGUGUAACUAUGAGGUCAGACUCCGAACAGCGACUUAGCUUCACACCAGAUGUGAGACCAGCUGGUGCGACCGGCCCCGGUAACUUAUCAACUUACGGCACAAACCCUGCCAAGAGGAGCUGCGCUCUCCUCUUUGACUUCCACCUUUUCCACCCACUACUACAUGAACUGGCCCGAGGAGAGGUGCAGAGCUAGAACGGAUAGAAAAGACAGUAUAUGACUUGUUUUUAAAUGUCCCUUUAGAGAACAUUUGUAGAUACGAUUAAUGUCACAUGUAGCAGGGGUAGCACAGUAAGUCAGGUGAUUGAGACGAACACAGGGAAGUGAGAACCAGGAUGGACCAGUGGCUGUCCACUCUCUACACUUCUAGCUUUGAUUUCAUCCUCGGUGCUCCAGAAUCUGCUCCUGUCCUGAAGCCUCAACCAACUCAGUCCUUUUUUUUAAAUAUGCAAACCUUUGUACUUGCACCUUUUUAGUACCAUUUUAGUGUUUUUACAUGUUUUAAUAUUUUCGGGACACACUUGUGCACACGGUUGGCGUUGGGAGUGUUUUCAGGGGAGCAACAGAAAACGCUGACAUAUCAGUAUCAUUUCCUCUGUAUCCUCAGCAGCACUUUAAUUUGAUGACUAAAACCGGGUCAUGUGCUUAAACAGACACUUUUGUGGCCUGUGCGGAAGUGUGUCACUCUUACAUUUUAACCACUACAAUAUUUAUUAUUUAUUCAAAUGGUGGCACUUAUUAAAAUUUUGUGUUUUGUUUAAAAAUGCUGCGUUGUACUAAAAGCUUGACUAGUACAUUCCUAAAAGCUUUUACCAGUUAAAGUUCAUACUAUACUUGCCUUGAAUUUAUUGACACUAGUACAGUUAAAGUGUUUUUUUCUGUACCAAAGGUUGUUUUCUACUCUGUACCUGUCCAAGUAGUAAGAAUUGUUUCCUGACAUGUACUCAUUGAGGGGUUUAAAUAAACUAAAUUAAGAUCUGAAUUAA